AUGAUUCAGUAUAAUACGGUAAAAAGACAACUUUUCGGUCGUAUUUUUUAUCCUUGCCUCGACCCAUUGACUCACCUCGACCCAUUGACUCACCUCGACCCAUUGACUCACCUCGACCCGUUGACUCAUCUCGACCCAUUGACUCAUCUCGACCCAUUGACUCGCCUCGACCCAUUGUCUCGCCUCGACCCAUUGACUCGCCUCGACCCAUUGACUCGCCUCGACCCAUUGACUCGCCUCGACCCAUUGAAUUGCCUCGACCCAUUGACUCGCCUCGACCCAUUGAAUCGCCUCGACCCAUUGAAUCGCCUCGACCCAUUGACUCGCCUCGACCCAUUGACUCGCCUCGACCCAUUGACUCGCCUCGACCCAUUGACUCACCUCGACCCAUUGACUCACCUCGACCCAUGGACUCACCUCGACCCAUUGACUCACCUCGACCCAUGGACUCACCUCGACCCAUUGACUCGCCUCGACCCAUUGACUCACCUCGACCCAUGGACUCACCUCGACCCAUUGACUCACCUCGACCCGUUGACUCACCUCGACCCGUUGACUCAUCUCGACCCAUUGACUCGCCUCGACCCAUUGACUUGCCUCGACCCAUUGACUCGCCUCAACCCAUUGACUCGCCUCGACCCAUUGACUCGCCUCGACCCAUUGACUCGCCUCGACCCAUUGACUCGCCUCGACCCAUGGACUCACCUCGACCCAUUGACUCACCUCAACCCAUUGACUCACCUCGACCCAUUGACUCGCCUCGACCCAUUGACUCACCUCGAUCCAUUGACUCACCUCGACCCAUGGACUCACCUCGACCCAUUGACUCACCUCGACCCAUUGACUCACCUUGACUGCAGCAUGCACGCAGCGAGCAUGCACGGCGACAGCUGGCCCUCGGAGGACUUGCAGGCGAAGCAGUAG